AUGGAUAAUAAAAGUAACAUUGAAAAAAAUUUAAAUGAAGAAAAAAAAAAAAAAUUUCUUAUUUCACAAGAAAUGAUAGAUGAGGAGGAAAAUAAAAUAAAUUCAUUAAAUAAUGAACUAAAAUAUAAAAAAGUGUAUAAACACAAUUUUAAUACACACAUAUAUAAAGAUGAAUUAAAUUAUCUUCAUUUAAUAAAUAUAAAAGACGAAAAUAUUUUAAAUGAAGAAAAUAGAAAUAUUAAUGAAAAUAUUGAUAAAAAUAACGAAAAUUUUGAUGAAAUGUAUAAAAUUGUAGAUAAAAAAGAACCAUGUGAUUUAAAUUCUGAUAGUAAGAAUUAUAGUAAUUGUUAUAUAGAAAAUGAAAAAUGUGAUAAUACAAAAAAUUAUAAAGAGGAAAAAGAAAAUAAUAAUAAUAAAAACAAAAGUAUAAUUUAUGAUAAGCAGUAUUCAUAUAUGAAUUUAUCAGAUAGCACUUUUUUAGAAAAUAAGGAAAAAUUAAAAUCCUAUGAUUAUGAAAUAUUGGAAUCAAGCAAUAUGACUAAUGAAAAAGAAAAAAAAACUAUCAAAAAAACUAAAGCAGAUUUUAGUAAAAUUAAUGAAGAUGGAAAAAUAGAAGAAAAAAAUAUAUGUAAUAGUAAGAAUGAUAACAAUCACAUAAGUAGCGAUAAUACCAAUAAUGAUGAUAGUAUUAAUUCAGGUGACACUAACAAUAAUAAUAUUAGUAACAACAAUAUUGAUUAUUCUAAUAAUAAUAAUCAUAAUAAUAGUGAUGAUGAUGGUAAUAAUAAUAAUGACGAUAGUAAUAAUAAUAAUGACGAUAGUAAUAAUAAUAAUGACGAUAGUAAUAAUAAUAAUGAAGAUACUGAUAAUAAUAAUAGUGACAACAAUAAAAAAAUAGGAAUUAUAACAAAAGAAAACUCAGAAAUCGGAAAAGAAAAAAGAAUAGAUGAAAUGAAACAUAAAUAUGAGGAAGAAAACAAAAUAAAAAUUAUAGAAAUAUAUGAAAGAAAAUUAGAAAAUGAAGAAAUUAAAAAAAAUAAAGAAUUGAAAAAUAAUAAAAUUAAGAUAAGAGAAAAUAUUUCAAAAAUUUUUAAGGAAUCACCAUCAGCUAAACCAAAAAUAAUAAAUGAAAUAGGAAAAAAAGAAAAUUAUAACAGCAUAAAUGAAACAAUAAUGGUAGAUAAAAAUAAUACUGAUACAAAUAAUAAUAAUAACAAUGAUAUAGAAAAAAAAAAAAUAAAAAUGAAUAAAAAUACACUAAAGGAAGGUAGUUUGCUACGAUUAUUUCGUUGUGAAUAUUUUGAUACACAUUUGCAUAUAAGAUAUUUAUAUGAUAGAAAAGAAGUCGGUGUGCAUGAAUACCUAGUUAAUUCUUUAUACACCCAAAGAAAAUACGAAGAUAUAUUAUUUUACUUACCUCAAUUAAGUCAAAUAUCACUAGUCAGAUAUGAAACUUCAUCUCUUUAUCGUUUUUUAUUAGAUAAAGCAAGUAAAUCAAUGCAUUUUGCCUUAAAACUGUGUUGGUUAUAUCAUUCUAUUGUUGAAGAUAAUUCAAGUAAAUAUAAAGAUUUAGCACAAAAAAUGAUUCAAGAAAUUGAAAUGGCUGUCGUUAAUUGUAAACCCUUGAAUAAUGAAUGUAAAAGUUUUAAAGAAGAUAAGCAAUCCUAUCUACUUGAUUUAGCUUACCCUCUUUUAUUCAAAAGAAAAUUCAUUUUAAGAAAAAUAAAAACUAACGAAAAAUUUAAAAAAAUGAAAAUACAUAAUAGAAGUUGUAAACAUUUGUAUCAUUCACUAAAUUUAAAAGAUUUCAUUGAAAACAAUCCUUAUGAAAAUAAUAUAACUUCAAUCCUACCUACUCAUAAAGACUAUGAUAAUAGCCAAAAUAAUAAUAGUAAAGAAAAAGAAAAUUUGAAAAAAACUAGUAUGUAUAACUAUGAUUUGAAUAAUUCUAAAAGGGGACAUGAGGAGAAAUUAGAAAAGGAAGAAGAAAGAAAAGAAGAAAUAGAGGAGAAAGAAAAAGUUGAAAAUACAAGAAAAGUGAAAGAAAAAAAUAAUACAUUGCCUAAAUUACCUUCUUGCUAUAUUAUAAACUCAGGUUCUUUAUCUAUAGCUAGAGCAAAAGUAAAAUUGCCUAGUACUUAUUCGAAAUUAGGUAAUCCUUUAAGCUUAUCUAAAUUUUCUCUUCCAGAUUUAAAUUAUAGUUUUGAUAUGAUUGAAGAAUUACAACAAUUUUUCAUGAAGCAAAGAAGAUGUGAUUAUUUUAGUUUAUUGAAUAACUUCGUUAAUUUAAUUAUUUCAGUUUCUAAUUUAUUAUCUUCAGAGCCUGAUAUAGACCUAAGAAAUGAACUAUUGAAAAGAUUUAUUUAUUCACUAAAUAGUUGGAUGAAUAUGAGAAGGUGCAUUGUUGCCUCAUGUGAAAAUACUUUUGCUAUGACUGGUUUAUGUAUACCAUUAGAAAGUCUAUCAACUAAUAAAAAAAACGAAAAUAAUUUUAGUUAUAAUAAUUUACAAAUAUUACAUUUUAAUCAUGAAGAAUGUAAAAUAUUUUUCUCUAAAAAAAGAGCACCUUAUUUAUUAGUUUUUGAAGUUGCUGAUUUAGAUGAAGAUAUUAGUGAUAUUCCUGAUCAUAUUUUUUAUACUAAAAAUAGUAUGCUUAUAGAGAAAAAUAAUAAAAAUAAUGAAACAGGAAGAGAAGCAAACAAAACGGAAGAAUUAUAUAAAAAAAAUCAUGUUUUAUCAAAAAAUUUUUGUUGCUCUAAAAGUUACGGUGUUUAUUUAGAUAAUGGCACUUCUUAUGAUUAUGAAAAAAGAAAAAAUUUAGAAGAUAAAAAAAAAAAAAAGUAUACAAAAGAAAAUAUUCAAAAUAAUCAAGAGAAAGAAAAAAAAAAAAAAAAUAUAUUAGAUUUAAAUGUAUUAAAAAUGGAAGAUUUAUAUGUGUAUAAUUGUAUUGUUAAUGAUUUAAGAAGAGAAAAUUUGAUAUCUUUUAAUAAUAAACAAGAUAAAAAUUUAUCUCUUAUAAAAAAAUGUAUUGGAUUAAAAGUAGAUGAAGACGAAGAGGAAGAAAAAAAAAAUCUUCAAACAACAAAUGAAGAUAUAUCAACAACUAUGUGUACAAAAAAAAAUCAGAUAAUAAAUUCAAGAUCUGUAUCUAUGCCAAAUUAUUUAAAUAAUAGUUCAACAAAAGUUGAUUCUAAUUAUAAAGAUGAUACUAAUAAUGUAAAACCAUUGAAAGAAAAUACAAACAGCGGCUUAGAUGAUAUUUUAAUCGAAAAAAAUAUAGAAACAAUUGAAACAUAUGAAGAGUUAAAAAGAAAAAGCAAAGAUAAAAAUUUUAUUGAUUAUAAUAGCAGUAUGGAUAGCUCAAACAAUAAUUCUAAAGAACAAAAAGAAGAUAAUAGUAGUGCUGUGAAAAAUAAUAAUUCUAUGGAGUGUCCUAAUAAUUUACUAGAUAUCAAUGAAUAUUUCAAACCUGAAAAUUAUUUAAAUGAAGAAUUCAAAAAAAAAAAUUGUAGAGUAAUAAAAAGAUUAUUAUGGGGAGAAUUAUUUGAAGAAAAAAAAAAAAAAAUUAGAAAAGUUUCACCUUAUGGAAAAUUGAAAUCCUGGGAUCUCAAGUGUGUAAUAGUCAAAGGUGGAGAUGAUUUAAGACAAGAAUUAUUAGCUUCACAAUUAAUCAGACAAUUCAAAAUUAUUUUUGAUAAUGCUGGUUUACCAUUGUGGUUACGACCGUAUGAAAUUUUAGUUACUGGAUCUAAUUCAGGAAUAAUUGAAUAUGUAAAUGAUACUUGUUCAGUUGAUUCAUUAAAAAGAAAAUUUUCAACAGAUAAUAUUUCAACAAUUUUUAAUAUAGUUUUUGCAGAUUAUAUAUUUGAAGCUAAAAAGAACUUUAUUGAAAGUCAUGCUGCAUAUUCAUUAAUAUCUUAUUUACUUCAAGUAAAGGAUAGGCAUAAUGGAAAUAUGCUCUUAGAUUCUGAUGGUCAUUUAAUUCAUAUUGAUUACGGAUUUAUGUUAACAAACUCUCCAGGUAAUGUUAAUUUUGAAACAUCUCCCUUCAAAUUAACUCAAGAAUAUUUAGAUAUAAUGGAUGGAGAAAAAUCAGAUAACUAUGAAUAUUUUAGGAGACUUAUUGUUAGUGGGUUUUUAGAAGCUCGUAAGCAUUCAGACGAAAUUAUCCUUUUUGUUGAAUUAAUGAUGCCAGCGUUAAAAAUACCAUGCUUUGCAAACGGUGCUCAAUUUUGUAUAGAUUCUUUAAAAGAACGAUUUAUGACUAAUUUGACGGUCGAUGUGUGUAUUCAAAGAGUAAAUGCAUUAAUAGAAGCAUCUGUUAACAAUUUCAGAAGCGUCCAGUAUGAUUAUUUCCAAAGAAUAACAAAUGGAAUUAUGUAA